ACUCAACUGCCCCCAGGAACCAAUGGCCACAAUGCGACAAGAGUGAAGAUGCAGCAACGACAUGACCUGCUCCAUCCAUCUCUACGGAAGUAUCUUUUACUCCCACUCAACUCUCAGCUAGCUCCGCAGCACGAGUCUCAGUUUCACCCCCUUUGCUCACCCGCGGCGCAGACGCCAUUGCUGCAAUGCUGCUGCUGCUGCUGCUGCUAGCUUAAAGCUGCUUGGUUUUGCUUCUGUAAUCUGUACCACGUUGCUGGCCAUCGCCGAUAAUGAAGAUGCUCCUGUUCGCUAGCCGCGCCGCCUUGUCCCUCACGGCGGCGCUCGCCGUCGCCGUCGUCGUGCUACUCACGGCGUCGUCGCGCUCGCGCCGCCCUUCUUUCCUCCGAAGGUACGAGCCCACCGUCGUCGCGACGUCGCUGCCGUCCGCGGCGCCUCCUGCUUAUUCCAGGAGCGCGCCGCCGUCGCCGACACCCCUCGCCGUCGUGGCGCGGGUGCCGAGGGACUGCGACAUCUUCCGCGGCGAGUGGGUGCCCGCCGCCGACGGCGACGACGACGGCGCGGCGCCGUACUACACGAACGCGACGUGCGGGGAGAUCCAGGAGCACCAGAACUGCAUGAAGUACGGGAGGCCGGACCUCGGGUUCCUGCGGUGGCGGUGGCGGCCGGAGCGGUGCGAGCUGCCGCGGUUCGACGCGGCGGCGUUCAUGGAGGUGGUGAGGGGCAGGUCGAUGGCGUUCGUCGGCGACUCGCUCGCCAGGAACCAUAUGCAGUCCCUCAUGUGCCUCCUCUCCAAGGUGGAGAACCCCAAAGAUGUAUCGACGACGAAGGACCCAGAGUUCAGGACGGUGCGCUACGAGUCCCACAACUUCACCGUCGCCGCCUUCCGGUCGCCGUAUCUCGUGACGGCGAACCAAUCGUCGGACCCCGCCGGCGGGAUGUGGGACCUCUACCUCGACGAGCCGGACGCCGCCUGGGCCACCGCCGUGGCGGGCUUCGACUACGUCGUCGUCUCCACGGCCAACUGGUUCAACCGGCCGACCAUGUUCCACGAGGCCGGCCGCCUCGUCGGCUGCCACCACUGCCUCGUCCCCGGCGUCGCCGACCUCAAGCGCACCUACUCCCUGCGCGCCGCGUUCCGCACCGCGCUGCGCGCGCUCACCGCCGGCGCCGGCGGCGCCGGCUUCGACGGCACGGUGAUCGUGCGCACGCUGUCGCCGACGUCGCACUUCGAGGGCGGGGAGUGGAACAAGGGCGGCGACUGCCGGCGCACGCGGCCGACCGCGGCGCGGAUGGCUGGGCUGGACCUCGACUUCCACACGGUGCAGGUGGAGGAGUUCAGGAGGGCGGAGGCGGCGGCGGCGGCGGCGAGCGGUGGCGCGGCGAGGCUGCUGCUGAUGGACACGACGGCGGUGAUGGUGGCGCGGGCGGACGGGCACCCGAGCAGGUACGGGCACUGGGCGCACGAGAAGGUGACGCUGUACAACGACUGCGUGCACUGGUGCCUGCCUGGACCCAUCGACGUGUGGAACGAGAUGCUGCUCCAGAUGCUGCUGCUUCAUCACCGAUCAGGAGAGUUUUCUGUUUGAUCUUGUUGAUUUCUUGAGUACAUAUGCUGCUGCUGAAAUUAAAGAAUGGAAACAGAUAGUGUAAUUUUCAUAUUUUUAGCUCUUCGAACUGUUAGCAAAUAGAAGUAGCAACCAAACAUUAUCUGUAUCAAUGGUAUAUGGUGGAGUUCACAGAAUAUGAUACACAUUGGUGUCCGAUCUUAUACCUACCCUACGAGAUACGAAUGUAAUAUACACUUCCUCUAUCAAAAAUACCAACUUUUGUA